AUGAGUGAUAAUACAAAAAACAGUCAUGAGAAACCUGGAGAUGGUAUUAGAUCUAUGAAGUCAACAACAGCAUUUCGUGUUGUAAAUUUUGAACUCUAUGCUAAGCCGAACAUUGUGGUAAUGAGUAUAGGCGCAGCAUGUUUUGGUCUUGCCCUAGGUUACAUAGCAUAUAUGAGGCAGAAAUAUGAAUCAAUGGGUUACUAUUCAGCUAUAGAUGCCGAUGGAAAAGAGAUAUUUGAAAAAAAGAAGUCUAAGUGGGAUUGA